AUGGGCGGACUUGGGUGCAUUGGCACGACGGAUCUCCAUGAAGCCGACGGCUCGGGCAGAUUGGACUACAGUUUCUCGACGCCCGUCCAGAGCGUAGUUGACCGCGGGAAUGAGGUUGAGGUGACAAGCCGAGAGGGGGUGGACGUCUUCAAGGCGAGGCGUCUCGUGUGGACAGUGCCGCUGAACGUCCUGCACACCUUGGCCUCUACGCCCGCCCUGCCAGCUCUUAAGUCGGAAGCUUCCCUGAACAGCCAUUUGAAUCAAGUCGUCAAAUGCCACGCCAAGGUAGCUUAG